ACAUUCUGAUGGCUGGCUUCCCUUUCGAGAGGUAGGCAAGUAGGCGGCUGGUUGUGUCUGUUGCCUACCUAUAUUCAGACUAUGACUGAAGCACGCCUGCUUCUUGUCCGCCAUCGUGGGAAGGCAAAGCCAGGACUAUACCUCUAACGUGACGUUCCUUCCUUCAAAGAUUGCCACCCAGCCUGCCUUCCUUUGGCGAGGGCCAAGAUCAGAAUAUCAGUCAUGGCUGGCCGAACUAAGCAAGAAGCAAUGCUGCUUCUGAACAACUUCCAUUUCCCUCGCCCUCCAAGUGCAUAACCCACCUCCUGUUUUUCAACUUGACAUCCCUUUCUCAGUCUCCUCCUUGGCCUCAUUCUUGGUGUUUGCCGAGCAACAGCCUUCUCCACCAGACUUCGGGGUCCUUUACUCACAUCGUCUUCUUUUACGUAUUCAACGUUUCGACAGUCGCCUUCUAUCUCUUGCUAAUCAGUGUCAGCUAUCCUGAUGGAUGCCUCCGUCACCACUCCCCUGCUCCACGGCCAUGCCGAUUUGGACGAUGCCCAUGGAUUGCCAACACCCGCCUCAUACGGCCAGAUCCAAGAUCAUGCAUGUUGCCUAGCCGCUCCUGCUUUUCUCCGAGCGUGCCAUUCCCCCUGGCGAUGUUUCCCUCAGAGCCUCUUGUGCUGGGUCCGAGGUGGUGUCGUUGCCUAUCUGACUGCGGUCGGCGCCAUGGUUAUCGACUACAAGCUACGCCAAGAGUCGCCAUACUCGAACUGGCGCGUUGUCUUUGAUUUCUCCGUCGUCACCUUCUCGCUGCUCUUGGCCUACCACGCGCUGGUGCUGGGCUGGACGUAUACCCAUCUUUACCAUCCGCACAUCGAGGAAACGCGCACUGGCUGGGAAUACUGGGCGCUGAGGGUACUGUCGCUGCCCCAUGACAUGGCCAGCCUUCGCAAGCAGUUCUACUUCACCUUGUUCUACACCGUUACCACUGUUUUCACCUUCAUGAAUACUGUCAUCUACUGGUUCGUGACACUGGCACAUAACGACAUGGGUACUGGCGAGCCACCUCAGCCUCAGCCAUCUGGAGGCUCGGCCGUGUCAUACAUGAUUGGGGACUCGCUGGGUUACGAAUGGACUCGCUUGGAAGACGCUCACAAUGACGGACCACAUGAACCAUUCACAGAAAUAUUUGGCAAGGGCUGGUUCAGAGCUUUCGUCAUUCUCAACCUGUUUGGCAUCACAUCCAUCAUCUCACUCUUUGAGAUCUUCUACCUCAACAGCAUCAGACGCCCCUGGGCGGUCGGUGCACACACUUUGGGCGUCAUCUUCUUCGCAGGCCUUUAUCUCGGUUGGGCAGCCAUCGGCAAGCUCGAGACUGGCGCCGAUGCCUUCUACUGGCUGAACGAGAAGGAGGUCGGAUCCCGUGAGGCCGUGGUGGCAUCAUCGAUUGGCUUUGUCAUUCUUGCUCCCAUCAUGUACUCAUUCAUGUACGGUCUCGUGGGUAUGCGCGAGAACAUUGCCCGAGCUGCCCACACAAGACGGGUUGCCGCCGCUGCCGCGUUGGCGGACCAGUGA